GGCCAAAAUUUGAAAAGAUGGGCGAAAAGGUGGAUAUUUUAGGGCCUUCACAGUAGGUUCUCCUCCUGAUCUCGCUCCUCGUUCUUGUCAUCUGUAUCGGCAAGUUCUUGAGCGAGAAACGUAAGUAAGUCAGUACAUUUAGGUAGAAGUAGAAGAUGAAGAUUCUGCGUUCUAUUUCUAUCUUCGUCCAGCAGGUGUUUUUGCAGGGACAGGGCCGUUACAAAGUCGUUUCGUGUCGCCUCGUGAAAAUCAACUUGAUGAACCUAAUUUUCGUUAUCGUGAAGAUCGCCAUUUAUUUCCAUCGCUUUGCAAUCGAUGUCGGAUUUCUCAGUCGUUUUGGAGAUCGAAGAUGACUUUUGGGCGUAAUCGUAAUUCAGUUGUGGGUGGACCUCCCUUGUCUGGGAGCGUGCUUCGUUAGCAACCACACUGGGUGCAGAUUGUGCUUGUAGCAUCACCGACGAAUGUUGUGAUCGUUGAAACUUCAGUCUGAACAAACCAGCCAGCAGAAAUAAGUAAAAGUUACGAGUUCCCCCCUGAUCUAUGUAUCGCGAAAAUCAGGACGUUUCCUCACGAACUAGACAACAAAUGACGUUACGGCGUUCCGAUGUAACUAGUGUCCCGCGGCGUAUUGCAGCUGCAGGCCCUUGUUGUAAAGCACUGAGGUGACGGUGCGACAACUACCAGACGAUUACGAUCGCGACGGAAAAAUAGUGAAUCGCAUACUGGAAAGCAAAAAACCGCUAAAACAAGAACUACACGAUCACCCUGGAGCUUUUCAACCGCCAACUGUCGUACCUUGUCAGCGAAUCGGCCGCCAAGAAGAUGUGUGGCGCAGUAUCUCUUCUACGGAGACCAGAUCCUCUCCGAGGCGGAUCACCGGUUCGGAAAGCUGCAUUUUCAUCCGCCCCCAUUAAUAGCUCACGCUCUUCCCACCACCUGCUUCAGUUGGCCGCAAUUUUGCAUGGGAUUUCCAUCGGCGUAACGGGGAAGUGUUUCGAUUGCGAUUUGGACAUAAACGAAAACGCCAUCUCGCAGGCGCCACUGCCAUGUAAGUAAAUUUUGAUUCUUUUGCGGUGUUGAUGAUUGAUGCAGGCAGCAAACUAGGACCAUUAACUCGUCGAAAAACAAAAAUGAUACAACAUACAGAUGGCGCUUUUCACGGGAAAUGCGAGCACAAUCCGGAGUGGUGUCAUUGGUCUGGGGUGCACAUGUGCCCAACCGUGAGCAUCACGAACUUCCAGAACUGCCCGGUCCACGGAGCCAAGUCGUGGGGACAGCGCGUGGAAGGCACCAGCGGUUUUCCUUGUUGUCGCUUUGUCUGGCGCGGCAAGUCGGGCGAAAUCAAGAAGGAAGAAAGUACAAAAUAUGUUUAUCUUUUAUGAAUUAUGUUGAAAGUGCAUGGCCAUGGUCCUCCUGGAGGUGGAGGUCCUCGUUGGCUGGUGCCGACUGCGGGGAUAGUUGUAGCUAGCUUGCCGCCUGUUCGUGUUUUGUGACUAUGAGAAAAUAACCAAAAGCGAAAUGCCUGCUGCGGCAAGCUAAGUAGUAGUCGGUAUUCGAUUCGUUCGGGUGAAGAGGAGACACGACCGCACUUUGUUAUAGCCAUAAAUGUAAAUGAUCAAAACCCCAGCUCCGAUCGAAUGGGUAAAAUACGAGGCAACCCACGGGCAUCUGGGCGGCGCGGCUGCCGUCGCACAGGCUGCGCGCCACGUCUCACCCACUAGUGGCUACCCGAUCACGGACCAAUACGGCUACACUAUGCAGUACGGGAGCGCGAACAGCGGUCUGCGCGGGGGCGGAGUUGUCGUGAUAGACAAAAACAAAAACGAGCACCAUGCGGAGCCGAUCUCCCAGAAUGUGGACACGCAGACAACGAAGAAGCAAAAGCUCUUCUGGAACAUGUGCUGUUGUCUGGUGUUCUGCCCGGUGAUUGGCGGGGUGAUCGUACUGUGUAUCGCCGGGCUGCUGUUUUGCGUCUUGAGCAGGCAGAAGAUUGUAUCCUGUGCGAAAACAUUAACAUCUUAGUUCGUCUUCCCAUUUUGACCGCCUUGUUGUCGAGCAUGGCAACUCAUGUCGACUAUAAAUUUGGGCAUGCAAAAAUAAAACUGUACUAGGUAGUAAUUGAGUGAUAGCCUCCCCAUGUGUCUGCGCGUCAGACUCAGUCGUCACUGUUGCCCCAACAUCGCGGCUGCAGCAGUGCAGUAGAACAAGGAUUUGAUGAAUAUAAUUAAUAUGGAAAGAACGAGUUACGGUGUUAUUUUUGCUCUGCAUAGAUCGCGUCCGAGGUGACACAGCCGGACGAGGGUGACGUGGACGGAGACUUGUACGAUACGGACCAGGCGGGCGUGCCGGAGCCGACCUCCAUCGGGGUCGCGGGCGAAAAGCAGCCGUUUGCCGGCGCCGAAACGACCCGCGGCUCGGCUGCGAUGGCGUCGCAGCAGCAGGCCGAAGGAUCGGUAGUACGGGAAUCCGACGGCGGGGCGACCGGGAGCUCCUUUUCAACGAUGACGCAGGCCCCGGUCUCCCUGAUGGAGCGACCGACGCCGAGUGUGCGGGUACCAGGCGAUGCCGGGAAGAUUACGAGCCAUUCGGUUACCAUGGCAAACGCGUUCUCGACGGCAACGAUGGCCCCCGCCCCUGGCUCCUUGGUGGACCGGGCGACGCCGAGUUUGCGGGGACCCGGCAAGAUCACGAGACCCUCGGAGUCCAUGAUAGCAAAUCCACCCAAUUCGGUCGUCAGUGCUGCUCGAGGCACGACGACGACCGUCGAGCCGGCGAGCCAAAGCGGCGCACCGGACUUCGGGUCCGUGGCGAGGGACGUCAAGUGAGGAAAGGAGAGGGAAGAUGGAGGAAGAAAGGAGCAAUUUUUGUGAAUGCGAGCAUUAUCGACUACGACAAGAGACUAAUGUUGUAGGUUUUGAUCGACUGGUUUCUCUUUACGUUUAAAAUUAUAUGUUUCACAAGUUGGCAACUAAAAAUGACCUUUCACUUUCACACAACGAAGAUUUGCCUCGCCCCCGUGGUAGGGAUGCAGAUCAUGAAAUUAGCCUGUAUCUUACGUUUCAAAAAAAUUGGCGUUGACAAAGUUAAAGUCUCGUUGUUGGUGCUACAGAAGCAAUGAUAUUGAAGUUAGGAAGAGAAGUAGGAGCGUACAUUACUAGCGUUCGAUGUGUUUUUAAAAUCUGUCUGUGCAAUAACCUGUAUUCCAAAAAUGUUGCGAAAGUUUCGACUUUCUUCAUUUACUGUUGGUGACGACCUGGUAGUACAACUACAACAGGAAUGAACGUGCACGAAGAAAAUUGUACACCAAGUUUCAGAAUCAGAAAAU